ACAGUUCCAGGCGAUUGGGAUUUGUAAGUAUAAAGAUUUGAUUUAUUCUUUUUCUUAAAUACACAGAAGUGGUUCCUAUUGUCCAGUGUAAUUCAGACACAUUAAUACACAGUGUAGUCAAUACAGCAGAGAUUUGUUUAGCCUGCGCAGGGUUUCGUACAGCAGGUGAAUUCCCCGCUUGUUCAUUUCAGACACACAGAUCUGUCUGGUCUGGAGUGUCAGCCUGCCAAUGGCAUUUCCAAAAUGAGGUCUUGCACUGAAGACAUUCACUCUUAGUUUGAUUCCAGGGAAUCCGUCUCAGAGGAGCCCUUGAAUGUUGCAUCACCUUCUAGUCAUUCUUAACACUGUCAAAAACAAGGGUGCUGUCAUUCUGUUCUGUUGAACUAUAAAAGGAUGCGUGGACCUCAGACAUCUCGCCGUGGAGCUUGUAGAAUGUCUGCAGCUCAUGACGCUGUUCCCAAGCCAGCUUCUCCUGGCGUUUGUUACAGAUAUUUAAGUGCUUAAACAUUGUUUAUUUGUGUUCUCAGUGUUAUGAACUGCUGGACAAUGUAAGCUAAUGCAACAUUCACAUUGAGCAUGUGCAUACUUUACAUCAUCUACUCUGCGGUUUCCUGAUAUCAAAUUUAUUACCUGUUUAAUUUCACAUCAUGUCUGUUUUUUAAUUAUUAGCAAUAGUCUCUUAGACCGUUGUUUGCCACGCUUCCUGUGUAUUCUAGCAACGUGUGCUUCUGAAAAGUCUCCCCAAGGCAGAUUGUGGGGAAGCGUAUUCGCGCUGCACUGUGCACUGAAACACAUAGGUGAUCCAGUGUCCCACUGAGGCCUGUGCAACGCUAAUAUGGCUUCCCCGCCUCGCUUCCUUAUCCUUGAGGCACCUUUGCAGAAUCAUUGCUGGAGUAAUAUCUGAGCCGGAAAAAAAGCGACUAGCGCAACAAGAUGUGAAACAGGUACGAAAAUGCAAUAUUGGAGGAAAAAAGUAGGUGGUACAAAGCAUCCCAUUAACUUGCUUCCCCUUUUGGCUGCUGCUUCCCCUUUGAACCUCAAGCCGCCACGGUGCCAGAGCAGAAGACAGUGACUCUGGACGUGGACGUGAAUAACCGCAGCGACCGCAUGGAGUGGUGCAGCUGCUACUACCAUGGGAACUUCUCCUUGAGCGCUGCCUUCGAGGUGAAGCUGCACUGGAUGGCCGUCACGGCAGCUGUGCUCUUUGAGAUGGUCCAAGGCUGGCACCGGAAGGCCACCUCCUGUGGGUUCCUGCUGGUCCCGGUCCUCGAGGUGCCCUUCGCGCUGCCCAGCUACCUGUACGGGGACCCUCUGCGCGCCCAGCUCUUCAUCCCCCUCGCCAUCGGCUGCCUGGUCAAGGAGGGCAGCGACCACCUAUUCGAGGGAUUCGAACCGGAAACAUACUGGGACAGAAUGCAGCUUUUCCAAGAGGCCAUUCUCUACAGAUUCGGUUUUGUGCAGGACAAGUUCUCGGCUUCUGCUUUCAACUUCCCCUCUGAGAACAAGCCUCAGUACAUCCAUGUGACAGGCACAGUGUUCCUGCAGCUGCCCUACUCCAAGAGGAAGUACAACACAGGCCAGCAGAGGCGCAGACGCAACUCCACCAGCUCCUCCAACCAGAGCCUGUUCGGAGAGGAGAAGAUCGGCUACAACUGGGCGUACAACACCAUGCUGACCAAGACCUGGCGCUCCGGGGCCACCGGAGAUGAGAGGCUGGCCGACCGGCUGCUCAGGGACUUCACCGACUUCUGCGCCAACAAGGACAACCGGCUCGUCAGCUUCUGGGAGAGCUGCCUCGAGAAGAUGAACGCCAGCGCCCCCUGAGAGAGGGAGGGAGCGAGGGGGGGAAAUAGCGAGAUCAGGGAGAGAGAGAGGAGAGGAAUAAAGAGAGGUAGAGGAAUGGUGGGACAGACAGGCAUUGCAAGAAUUAUGACGAGGUUAUAAGGCUUUGCUUUAAACCGUGUAUGAUUUAUUGAAGGAGAGGUUGAGGAGGGAUAGGGAGAAGAGACUGAGGGAGAGGGUAGGAAAGGAAGAGAGGAAAAGAUGUUGCAGGAGAGAGGUACCUGAGAAUCAGCACUGAGGUCACUGGGGAUGAAACUGGGAGAAGAACCACCCCACCACUCCACCAACCCCCUCAGGGUCAAUAUCAUUUCUGUGAGACAAAAAGAGAUGUGUUGUCCUACAUGCUGGAUUCUGUUAAGAACAGUGUGCCAAAAAAAACUGUUUUUUUGAAAGCAUGCGAACCACCUAUAGCCCAGCCAUCCUCGCUGCAAUAGGCUGGGAAUUCAGCUGUGAGGGAGUGACAGGAGGAUUGAUAUAGGACUGUGUCAGGCUUACUGCAGUGUGGGCUUUGCUUCAUGCUUCAUGCUGCAGCCUCACCCCUCGCUCCCAGUUAGCAAUGCCCACACUUUUACAACUGGAAAUCAAGAAACCUUGUGCACUAUCCUCUGUAAAAUAGCGCCUCUAAUUUUAGAGCUUGCUAAUGAUAUACUUGGGGAUGUGCAGGAUUGGACCAGGAGCUGUGCUGUUGAUUUAUGAUUAUCAGAACUCAACCACCUGUAACAUAUGCUUUGACCUGUGUGACUGUAUAAUGUAUUAUGAACGAUGUCAUGUUAUUGAGAGAAGUUGCCUGGUUGUUCAUAUUGUGAGUGAUGCGCUCAAUCAAACUGCAGCUGCACUGCACGCUUGCAAAGUGUCUCAUGUGUCUUUAAUUCUUCAAAUAUACUGGCUCCCUGCAGAGGGCAACACUG